UCUUUCGGUCGCAAGUUUUCCAUUGGUCCUGUAAGAUAGUAUUUGGACUCGGUGCCUUGACCGGGUAAUAUCAUUUUCCAUUCGCCUUGUUGUCCCCAGCUCAACCCUGACGUGCUUGAGGAGAAGUCACACGAGACCUGCACAUCUGACAGUCAGAUUGAAGCUCCUUCUGCGCUGGUCUCGCUUGAUAUCAGGGCGUAUGUCUCGUAUCUAGAAAUAUUGUCGAAUUCCUCUUUGGGUCAGGCCCUUUUUAGGGCCCAGUGAACAGCUCGCAGAAUGGAAGACUAUCAAGAGCAAACGUCUCCAGAUCACAUGCAAGAAAGAGAAGGGGGCACCAGAAAAGCAGGCGACGAUGAGACGGAGCCUCUCCUCCAACGUCGGACAUCCACAACAUCAUCACAUGGGACCCACCGACUACCGAAGCAGCUCUCCACACGCCAUGCGUUCGCCGUUCUUGUCAGCAUCCAGAUUGGAUCGGGCAUCUUCGCCUCACCAGCUCAAGUAGACGGUAACGUUCCCUCGCCUGGCGCGGCUCUGCUUGUAUGGGCCUUGGGAGGGCUACUAUCCUGGGCAGGGGCUGCCUCCUUUGCAGAGCUUGGGGCUGCUCUUCCGCUCAAUGGAGGCACACAAGAGUAUCUUCGUCGCGUCUACGGAGACACCAUGGCCUUCCUUAUGGCUUGGGUCUACAUCAUGGCUGUGAAGCCAUCAUCGAUGGCUAUCCAAAGUAUUGUUAUUGCAGAGUCUAUCGGGUCCGUCAGUUCCGCAACUGCUCUGACUGGGUGGAAGCUGAAGGCCAUUGCUACCUCGGCUUUUGUGUCCAUGGUUAUAGUCAAUUCAAUUAACACGAAAACGACGAUGAAGCUGAACGAGUCAUUCACCAUUGUGAAAAUAACGACAGUGGUGUUGGUCGUAGUCACUGGGCUGACGGCAGUCAUUGCUCACUUGAUCAACCCAGCAUCGCCGAUUUCUGGCUCCAAAGAUUGGUUCACCAAAGACUGGUUCAGCCCCCGCCAUAGUAUAGCUGAGGGAAGACCUAUUGAUUGGACUUCAAUCGGCGCAUGGGAGCGAUACGGACACUACUCGACGGCCAUAUACGCAGGCUUGUGGGCUUACGAUGGGUGGGACAAUGCCAACUUCGUUGCAAGCGAGAUCAACGACCCAGGACGCGCUUUACCCCGAGCUAUCAAAGCUGCAAUGGCUGUCGUUCUUAGUUGUUACGAACUAGUAAACAUCGCAUACUACAUCCUGCUGCCGUGGGAUACGAUGAGCUCAAACGAUGCAGUGGCUGUAGCAGCCGCUAAAUCUCUGCUUGGCCGCCCUGCCGGCAUCUUUAUCACUAUUCUCGUUGCAAUUUCCUGCGCCGGGUCCAUAACUAGCAACGUCUUCUCGGUAGGAAGACUUACUGUGGCUGCAGCACAACGCCACUAUCUACCCAAUUUCCUCAGUAGCCGAAGGUUUAUACCACUUCACAGAAGGCAGAUCUCAGAGCCGGAAAAUGUAUCUAAUUAUAUUGCAUCCGAAAACACGCUCGCUCCAUCGACAUCAGCCGUAGAGAUAAACACUACUUCUAAUUCUCCCUAUGAUGCCCCGAUACCCGCAAAUAUUCUUGCCCUCAUGGUAACGCUCGCAUACAUCAUCACCGGCAGCUUCCAGGGCCUUCUCAUCUUUGUCGGCAUGGCUGAGUGGGUUUUCUAUGUCAGCGCUGUUAUCGGCUUGCUCAUACUCCGGCAUACAGAACCCGAGCUUCACCGCCCUUAUCGGCCUAUGCUGGUACUACCCAUAGUUUUCGUCAUUAUCGGUACGCUUGUUAUUACACGUUCUGCGAUGUUCGCACCGGUUCAGAGUGGCGUUCUUGCAGGACUUUUGGUCGUGGGAACUUUAAUCAGUCAUCUUCGUGGGUGA